AUGAUCAUUUUCACAGCUGCUGAACAUUACAUUUGUGGUGAUGAGCAAUCGAUUUGGGAACGCUACGCACAAAAUGCCCGUACGCCCGCAAGUGCAGUUGCAAACCACAAUGAUGUCAGAUUCUACUUUGGUGGCUACAAGAUGUGCAGGGAGAGCAAGGCCUUCUAA